AAGUCCUGCAUAGUUCAAUGUACAGUCUGUCGCUUUAAAUUCUAGGUGGAGAAAAGCCAAGAAAACCGUUGCAUCCCGGAAGUAUGGCUUGUUUGUUUUUCUGAUCAGCCAGUGAUUUUUCGUCGUGCUCAGCCGAGGAACUGGAAACGGGGAUAUCAGGAAUGUGGCCGGGAGAAGAUGGCUGCAGUUGAUCUCGUUUUCUGUCAAGGCGACAGUGGCAAUGAUCAGGCAGACAGAACUGUGCUUAUUGUCGGUCAACUUAGUCAUCUCCAGAGUCUGGCCUGGAGCGAUGUGAGAGACGUACUUCUGCCUCGUGUCGACAAUGAGACUUGGAAAACCGCCCUAAAUUCUUUGAAACCAAACCCAACAGACAAAUGUCCCCUCUGGUUAAACUUGGUGACAGUGGCUGCCUUGCCUUCCAAAGUCAGCCGACAUAACACGCCCUCUUCAGCCCAUUCACUCACACGAUUGGUCCAAACAUGCUUCUCUGGAAAACGGAAUGGUCACAUUGUGGUUGUGUGUGAGAAGACAUCCGUUUUUGCCUUGGCAUGUGCGAUCGCUAGAGCCUUCCCUCUCUUCUCCCGGCUUUCUGGUCAUAUCGCACUCGACAGCGGUUACAGGGUCACAGCUGAGUUUGUUUGUGUGGAGCCAAACAAGGAACCACUCGAUACAGCUACGCUAAUGUGCUUAUCCAGGGUUGCAGAGAGUAUCAGAUUGGCUGCCCGAAUUGUUGAUUCCCCCUGCAGUGAAAUGGAUACUGAACAGUUUCUUCAGGAGGUCAGAGCGGUUGGAUCGGAGUUGAGAAUCACUCCAGUCAUCUUUCGGGGAGAGGAGCUCCGCAAGAGAGGAUUUGGAGACCUGGCGCAUGUGUAUUUCACAGGUAUCUACAGAGUGGGCAGUGCAGCAGCAACACCCCCUGCCCUGGCAAUUCUCAGUUACACUCCGUCCACUGCCACACAAACCAUUGCCUGGGUUGGGAAGGGCAUUGUGUACGACACGGGUGGCCUGCUGAUCAAGGGAAAAACUGCAAUGCCGGGGAUGAAGCGAUACUGUGCUGGAGCUGCUGCUGUACUCGGGGCCUUCAGAGCAGCAGUCCUACAGGGUUUCAAAGAAAAUCUUCAUGCCAUUUUCUGCCUGGCUGAAAAUUCAGUCGGUCCGAAGGCAACUAGACCCGACGACAUUCUUCGGUUGUACUCAGGAAAGACCGUAGAAAUCCGGAGCACGGACGCAGGGGGGCGUCUCCUUCUGGCUGACGGGGUGGCUUACGCCAGCAGAGACCUCAAAGCCGAUAUUAUCUUGGACAUGGCCACUCUCACAGGGUAUCGCGACCGGCAGGUACCACGCGGGGCUGCUGACCAAUCGCGAGGAGUGGGAGAGGGCGUGCGUGGCCGCGGGCCGCAGCAGCGGCGACCUCGUCCAGCCGCUGGUCUUCUCCCCCGAGCUGCACUUCAGAUCGCAGUAAGGCCCCGUGUUCCUGCGGGGGCCUGUUUGUCGGGGCUCAGCUCGGGUUCGACUGGUCAGGGGCGUGGAUUCAUGUGGACAUGGUCUUCCCUGCAUACAGUGGAGAGCGAGCUACAGGGUAUGGGGUGGCCCUGCUGUUGGCUCUCUUCGGGCGGGCGACAGACGACCCCCUCCUACAGCUGGUGUCCCCCCUGGGUCCAGACAUGGACGGACCCUUGGAAGACAGCCACUCUCCCAGUAGCAGCCCAAAGCGCAAGAAGCUCAUCUAGCCACUGUGCAGCAUGGCAACAUAAAUCCAGUACCCUGAGGCUUUUACACACCAGUGAUGGGGACUUCCUUCAGAAUGUGCCUGUUACAAAGGAGGGCUGCUGUGGUAUGCCCAGAUACCUCAAUGCGUGUGUCAACCGUGCUUUUAUUAAAUAUGUAUUAAAUUGCUUAUUUUUGCAGAACCAUGUGUGUAUGAAGUUUUGUGUGUUAUCAACCAUCUGAUAUUUUUGGGAUUGAAUAUUGUUUGAAAUGCCCCUUC